AUUCGAGGUCUCUCUCCCUCUUUUCCCCGGAAACCCUAUCGACUCUCUCUCUCGCUCUCUCUCUCGACUCGAUCCCUCUCUCUCUCUCUCUCUGUCUAGAAUCCGCUCCAGCUUCCUCUUCUCCCCAAGAACCCUAUCUGCUCCGUCUCUCUAAAAAGCCUCUCGACCCAGUCUCUCUCUCUCUCUAGAAUCCACACCCUCCAUGGCUGCUGCAACAGUGGUGCCAAGAAACCGAACCGCGCAGAACAACGCAGAUGGCGAUGAGAGCCUCAUCUUCGAGACGAGCCCUGGCGUGGAAGCCAUCUCCACCUUUGAUCAGAUGGGUAUACGCGAUGACCUCUUGAGAGGGAUCUAUGCCUAUGGCUUUGAGAAACCCUCAGCGAUUCAGCAGAGAGCUGUUAUGCCCAUCAUCAAUGGCCGCGAUGUCAUUGCCCAGGCCCAGUCUGGGACUGGAAAGACCUCCAUGAUUGCCCUCACUGUUUGCCAGAUGGUCGAUACCUCUUCCAGAGAGGUACAGGCCUUGAUUCUUUCACCUACUAGAGAGCUUGCUUCACAGACUGAGAAAGUGAUAUUGGCUAUUGGCGAUUACAUAAAUGUGCAAGCACAUGCAUGCGUUGGUGGAAAGAGCAUUGGCGAGGACAUAAGGAAACUAGAAUAUGGAGUUCAUGUUGUUUCUGGAACACCUGGGCGAGUGUGUGACAUGAUCAAGAGAAGAACUCUACGAACGAGAGCUAUCAAAUUAUUGGUCCUUGAUGAGUCUGAUGAGAUGUUGAGCAGAGGUUUCAAGGACCAGAUAUAUGAUGUUUACCGAUAUCUACCACCAGAACUUCAGGUUGUCUUGAUUUCUGCCACGCUCCCUCAUGAAAUUUUGGAGAUGACAAACAAGUUUAUGACAGAUCCUGUAAGGAUACUCGUAAAGCGUGAUGAAUUGACCUUGGAGGGCAUCAAACAGUUCUUUGUGGCUGUUGAAAGAGAAGAGUGGAAGUUUGAUACAUUAUGUGAUCUCUAUGAUACUCUAACAAUCACCCAAGCGGUGAUAUUCUGCAAUACAAAGAGAAAGGUGGACUGGUUAACCGAGAAGAUGCGCAGCAACAAUUUUACAGUGUCUUCAAUGCAUGGUGACAUGCCUCAGAGGGAGCGAGAUGCAAUUAUGGCAGAGUUCAGAUCGGGAACCACUCGUGUGCUCAUCACAACAGAUGUUUGGGCACGUGGACUUGAUGUUCAGCAGGUCUCAUUGGUUAUCAAUUAUGACCUCCCCAACAAUCGAGAGCUUUAUAUUCAUCGGAUUGGUCGCUCAGGUCGUUUUGGUCGCAAGGGUGUCGCAAUAAAUUUCGUUAGGAGUGAUGAUAUCAGGAUUCUAAGGGACAUUGAGCAGUAUUACAGUACGCAAAUUGAUGAAAUGCCCAUGAAUGUUGCUGAUCUUAUCUAGUACUUUAUAUGAUAUUCUUGAAGGAGAAACAAAUGUUUAAGAGUAGAGAAUGCAAUUUGAGAGAAAAGGUGAUAGUGAUUGAGGUUUGGGUUUCUGACGAGGUGAUGUUAAGGGGGUUCAUGUAAUGGGCACAUUGGGUUGAGAGAGUUUUUUAGUGUGUAGUUUGUGAUUAUGUUUUGGCUGUUUUUCAAGGUUUGGGACAGGCUAAUUGGAUCCUUGAAGUUUGGACAAUUGCUUGUAUUUUACCCAAACAAGAGGAAACAUAGAUUUCAUUUUAUGUAUUUGUUUUUGUGCAGCAUAGUUUUCUGUUUUUUUC